AUGAAGUUCCUCACUGUCUUCUCCCCAGAUGCAGAGCACUGCAGAACAUGUCCAGAAGAUCACCAUCCAAAUAAAGACCAAAACAAAUGCGUCCCCAAGGAGAUAACCUUCCUAUCGUACAAAGAAGACUUGGGGAUGAUCCUGAGAUCCUUUACCCUCUUCUUGUCCUCAGGCACAGCCUUUGUUUUAGCAAUCUUCGUGAAAUUUCAAGACACUCCCAUAGUCAAGGCCAAUAACCGGGACCUCUCCUACAUCAUCCUGGUCUCUCUCCUGCUUUCCUUCUUGACUUCCCUGCUCUUCAUUGGUCGUCCAAAGCCAGCCACCUGCCUUCUCCGACAAACCUCCUUUAGCAUCAUCUUCUCCGUUGCCAUCUCUUCCGUCUUGGCCAAAACAAUCACGGUGGUUCUGGCUUUCCUGGCCACAAAGCCUAGGAAGACCGUGAGGAGGUGGGUGGGAAAAACUCUGGCCAACUCCAUUGUCUUUACUUGCUCCAGUCUCCAAGUUACCAUCUGUAUCAUCUGGCUAGAUGUUUCUCCCCCAUUCCCUGAGGCUGACAUGCACUCCCAGCUGAAGCAGAUUGUCUUGCAAUGCAAUGAAGGCUCCAUUGCCAUGUUUUAUGCUGCCCUUGCCUAUAUGGGCUUUCUGUCCACCAUCUGCUUCACAGUGGCUUUCCUGGCCAGGAAUCUGCCUGUGGCCUUCAAUGAAGCCAAGCUGAUCACCUUCAGCAUGCUGGUUUUCUGCAGUGUCUGGAUCUCCUUUUGCUACAUUGUUUUGCUAAGACCUGACCUGAAUACAAAGGAGCAGCUAACGGCAAAAACUAAAGAUGGCUUGAAAGUGAAUGCACAGUAA